CUAGGAACUACUUAUUGGCCAAGUGUUUUCCUUCGGAUGAUGUUUUGGGAGGAAUCGUAGGGGAACAGCUACGCUUUCAUAAGGAAUUGUCUACAUUUAUAUCACUCAUUAAUAUUUAAUAAAGAUGGAGGACCAAGAAAUGCAAUUGAAAGUAAAAAGAGUGAGUGAUAAAUUCACCGAGAGCAUGUAUGUGUUGGCCAAUGAGCCGUCGAUAGCGCUUUACAGGUUACAAGAGCACGUGAGGAGAUCCCUGCCAGAGCUCGUACAACACAAGACAGACAUGCAGAGUUGGGAGGAACAAAGUCAGGGAGCAAUCUACACUGUUGAAUAUGCAUGCAGUGCGGUGAAAAGCAUGACAAAUAGUAGUCUCUAUUUCAAGAACAUAGACGGUCUGCUCAGGCAAGCCAUUUCACUGAAGGAACAGAUCGGCAGCACGCAGGGUCGAAGAAAAAGAGCUUUGGAUCCUGGCAUGCUUAAGGAUGGAGGAGAAAAGCAUAGCUCUGGGAUAUAAACUGAUGAAGACCUGAACGAUAUACUUUAUUCAAUUGGUGUCACCACUUCUGAUUGAUAAUGAUUGCUAUUUUAAAGUAUUGAAGCCCAUUUCCACAUCCAAUGUUAAAAAAGAAAAAGAAAAAAAGAAAUUCAUAUUGUGAGAUAAAGUCACUAUUGGGAGAUAUAAAGUUGAAGCCUGGACCAAAAAAACAAUCAUAAGUAGCAUAGAUAUAUUUGUUGCAAUAGCCAAAAAAAUAUUUUAUGGGUCAAAAUCAUUGGUUUUUCUUUUAAUUAAUUAAUAUUAAGUAAAGAUCAUGUUCCAUUAAGAUAUUUUGUGCAUUUUCUAUUAUAAGAAUAUCAAAAAUGUAUUAUCAUU